CAGAUGAGUCGAAUAGCCUGUUUCUGUUAUGUAAAUAUGUUAAUAGUUUAUAAUAAUUACCCCCUUUUUAAUGGACUCGCGUUUCCUGUUUCAUUUUGUCCUUCCUGGAGCAGCUUGUGACGUAAGCGCUCACCUGGCCCAGGUGUGGAUCCACCGGGACUGGGACCGGGAUCAGAAUCCGGGAUCGGGACCGGGUUCGGGACCGCCGGAGAGGCACCGGGAGCGCCACACUCCGAGACAGUACCGGGCGCAGGCGGCUGGAGGUCUGAGUCAGGCCCCGGCGCCAGCACCGUGUUAUGGUCCUUCGGUCCAAGCCAUGCAAGGAACCCGGCGGAAAGCUGCUGCCCGGCCUGCGGCCGAGCCCAGGCUGGUGAAAAGCCCGGCCCUGCCGCCCGUCUCGGUGGACUCGCUCAGCCUGGAGGUGGACGGAGGCUCGGCGCCGGAAAGCCGACGGGGCGAGAGGAAGGACGGCGGGCCGCCGGCGCGAAGCCACCGCCGCGGAGCGGAGGAGGAGGAGGAGGAGGCGGGGGACUCCUCCGCCGGGAGUAACUCGGAAAGCGCCGGGUUCCUCCCGGGCGAGGCCGAGGCCGAAGCCGCGGCGACGGACGCCAGUGGGUGCGAGUGGGGUGGGCUGGCCGCCUGUGCCCCCUGGCAGGCGGUGAAAGCGGUUCUGUGCUGCGUGGUGACCUGCGGGGUGUGCGGGGCGGAGGCCGGGGCCGGGGCCUACACCCCGUGCGCCGGGGCCGCGGAGUCGCCGACGACAGGCGCCAAGGAGGCGGAGAGCAACACUCUGAGGUACGUGGAAAACCCGGCGCUCGGGGUGGCCCUGAACUCGGAGCCCGGCCCCCCGCGCAAGGCCGGCCUCGCGGGCAACAGCUUCAACUACUACGACGUCAAGCUGCGGGGCCAGCGGGUGGUCUGGAAGAACCACCCCGGCCGGGGCCUGCCCGCCGACCCGUGCCGGCGGGACGCCCGCCCCGGCUCCCCCCGCUCGGAGAGCCCCGGCAGCGCCUCGCCCGCCUCCCGCGAGCGCCUGUCGGAAGAGUUCCCCUCCUUCCUGGAGGAGGACCUGGGGAACAGCGAGCUGAACGUGUCCAUGUCCAGCGCCGAGCUGGACGAGUACAUCAACCGGAAGCUGCUGGAGCUGUUCAGCAUCCACCAGAUCGACAUGCUGGCCCAGUGCACCUCGGACACCACCUUCAUCAGCAAGAGCAGCGAGAUCAGUGAGCUCAUCGACAGCAUCACCAAGGACUACAAGAUCAACGAGAAGGACGCCGAGUGCCGCAUCGUGACCGGGAUCGUCCGCAUCAGCACCCGCAAGCCCAAGAGGAACAAGAAGCGGUGGCAGGAAGAGCCCGGCGAGGAAAGGUUGGUCACUCUGACCUCUGCUGACCCCAGACCUCAGGCAGAGACGAUUUUACCCAGUGAAGAGCUUAACCUGGAGAUUUCGGUUGUGGACCCGCUCGAUUUGAAAGCUAGACAAAUGCAUGGCCUGCCUUCUCCAGAUUUGCGAAAAGACGAUUCUCUUCAGGAUACGGAGACUGAUUCAUCAGGAGCACCACUGCUCAAAGUCUAUCUCUAAGGUCGGAGAGCAAGGCCCGCCCACGUUAAGAAUCGGACUGGGAGUUGGGGGAUGUGGGUCUGGAAUGGUCGCUGCAUGGUCGGACACUCUGGGUCUGAAGGAAAGUUUGGAGUGCAAUCGGCUCUUGUUCACUGUGAAGCUGUUUUGCCCCACCCCCUGCACCCGGGGAUUUGCUCUGGUUCUGAGUUCAGUCUCCAAUAUCCGAGCAUGGUGCUGUUAGCCGGAGGGGUGGCCAAUCUCCCUCCAAUCUGCUCCACACCCCCGCCCCACUGCAGAUGAGGAGAGCCCCAGCUCAGUGCUGAGGGUCAGUGAGGUGGGGGGCUUAUCACAGCCCAUUGGGUGCCAACGAGAUAGGAGCUGCUGUAAAUAAGGAACUGGUCACAGGUUCCCUCUCCAGGUUGGGUGUUGUCUUAAUACUGGGGAGGAUUGGUGUGCGGGAGUGGAGGUUGUACAGUUACUUUAACUGCAUAUUUUGUACAUUAUUUUGCGUCACUGAACCAGAUGGUGAAUUGUGGUGAGAAACAUUGAUUUUAAUAAGUUGCCUUUCAUAUUAAAGCAAAAAUUGGAACCUUGUCUGCAAUCUGAAAAUUGCUUCGAUCCCCAAGCCCCCCCUUCCUCCCCCAAACCACUAUCUUGAACCCCAGUGACACCCCAUUUCAAUUUCCCCCUCACAUAGUCUCCAUUCUGGAGAGUACCUAGGUAAGUCACCUGAUGCAGAAUUCCAUUGGCCGAAUCUUCCCAACUGUGAGGCCUCAGAAAAUAUUGAGUGUAAGCGGCGCCUGUAGGACCACGGUGUUUGGAGCUGCACUGUCAGGAUAGAAUAGGGUCUGAAACUGACUGGAGUCAGCAACUUGCUGAACACCACAGAUCAGGAGAGGGGUCCAUCCUCCAACUGGGCUGAGGCCAUUAAUCUAACCUUGGGGGCAACACCACUGGCUUCAAGCUGCUCCCGAAUCCUCCUCCUCCUCCACCUUGUCCCCUGCCAUGUUGUGAGGGCAGGAUUGGGCUUAGCUGCGAUGCCCUAUAUAGUCCAAUAUCCUGUGUAGCCACACUCAGGUGGACUGGCCACUAGGAUAAAUCACUAGAUGGUGACUGGAAAGUUUGUGUUGCAAGGGAUGUGAAACUAUCCUGGGAGGGGGAUGGGGCAGAGGAGCCCUGUGGUUGACCAAGUGGUGCUGCCUCUCGGUGCAGACAGGUAGUGCUGUAAAUCUAUAGUGAGCCACUCUGCCCAUCAAAACCAUUCCUGCUGGUAUGUUAACUGAUUGAAGCCUUCCCUCUGGUGCUUUAACCCAUUGAGGCCUCUUUCCUCCGGUACGUUGACCCACUGAGGCCUGUUUCUUCUGGUAUGUUAACCCAUUGAAGCCCUUCCCUCCGGUAUGAUAACCCUCAAAACCCUUCUCCCUGAUACAUUAAUCCAUCUGUGCUGUAAACUGUGUGGGACACUUGAGAAACAAAUUUCUGCUUUCACCAUCUUCUAAUCCUAUUUCUGUAGGGUUUUUAAAUCCACUUAGUUUUUAAUUCUUUUACCUAAUGGUUUACAUGAAGAGGUGCUUCUGUUUUGUGCUUUCAAUUGAGAACCUCGUCUAAGCUGGACUUUGCUGUGAACCCAGUUUUAGUGAAUGUAGCAGAAACCAGUCUGGAAAGUUUGCCGAUAUUGGAACAGGGUCAGGGAAAGUAAAAUGUAAACUCAACAGCGCCGCCACUUAUGGAAAGGUGUAAUUACAGCAUGACUAUUUACCUGUAUAGUUUUCACUAUAAAUGGACCGAGGGAUUUAUAGUGGGAAAGGUUGACGAGAUGGGUGUAGAUGUAAAAUUUAAAAAAAAAUAAAUAGUGGUCACUUUUUUUUAAAAAAAUUCCUUUUUUGUAAAAUCUACUUUUCACUCAUUUUGAUUGAUC